AGAUAGUUCUGCCACAGUUACCUGUGGUGACAGCGAGAACAAGGGACACAUAUCCCAGGUCCCCAUGGUCUCAGCUCUUACCUCAGAAGGUAGGUUUAAAUUAGGAAAAAAUCCUUUACUGUGAGAGUGGCAAGACUCUGCAGGUUCUUGAGUCAAUCAGAGUCAAGAUUCACAGGGAAGCUGUAGAUGUCCCGUUUCUGGAAGUGUUCAAAGCCAGGCAGGACCAGGCUCGGAACAACCUGAUUUAGUGGAAGGUCUCCCUGCCAUGGCAAAGGGGUUGGAACGAGAUGGUUUUUAAUGUCCCUUCCACCCAGUCCAUUCUGUGACAACCUCGUAUGUAUGUGCUAAAGUACCAGGCUCGUGAAAACACAUAUUACACAAAGGUGAUGAAUUAAAACGCCUUUGCCAUCCCGAGGCUGUCAGCUUGAACUGUGCAGCCCCGGCCUCCCGCGGCGGGCGGCGGGUGCCCAGCGGGGCACGGGGGGAUGCCAGCGGGGUGUCGCGGCUGUGCUGGGUGUCUCCCGUCCCGGUGUCCCCUCAUCCUCCUCCCGCCGCUCCCUCAGCCCGCGGGCGGCGCCUCAGGGGACGCGGCCCCGCGCGGCCGCCACUGCGCAGGCGCCGCCCCGCCCCGCGGAGCCGAGCCGAGGCGCCACUGCCGUGUCGGCCGCCGCAGAUUCGCCAUAAGGCGCCGCACGGGGACCCGAUUGUCGGUGUUGCUUUUUUUUUUUUUUCCAUUUUCCCUCACUCUGUUUUCCAAGCGGGCCGCGCUCGGCCCCCGGCGCGCUGUCCCGCUGAGUCCUCGCGGCGAUGGAGGCGGCGGCUGCAGGGAUCAAUUCCAUCUUCAUGUGUAAGCUUUGUAACUUAUUUUCACCAAAUAAGUCCGAGCUGCUGUCUCACGUCUCAGAGAAGCACACAGAAGAAGGGACCAGUGUGGAUGACAUCGUUAUUCCUCUCCAGCCUCUAACAGUACCCACAAACACAAGCAAAGAUGGAGAAGAGCUUCUCGUAGCGAAGAGGAAAAGGGGCAGACCAAAAGGGUCUACUAAGAAGUUUUGUGUGGAUGAAGAUGUGUCAGAAAACAACCCUGUUCCAAGCAAAGAGGCUCCAGCUGGGACAGAAGAAGGCUCAGAACCAUCUGAGGUCUCACCAGGCAGCCUGGAAUGCAGGAAAUGCAAUCGGAAAUUCUCCAACACACGCCAGCUGACUAAACACAUCUGCAUUAUAGUUCUAAACGAAGGAGAAGAGGAAGGAGAUGGAGGUAAUGAUUCUGACGUUGACCUUGACAGGAAGGAAGAUGAGCGAGAAAAAACUCCCAAGAGGCCCAGAGUUCAGAAAACAGAGAAAACAGCAUCAACUAAGGAGACUGAACAGGUUUCAGGAGCUAAAAAUCCUAUUAUAAGUGUGGUUUUGACAGCCCAUGAAACUAUUCCAGGAGCCAGAAAAAUUGUUCCUCUUGAGGCUUCUCCUCAUGAAAGUGAACCCACAGCUCCAGACAUUGCAGUCCAAGACCCAUCACAACGAAAAGGAUAUCAAGAAUAUGCCAUUCAGCAAACCCCAUAUGAACAGGCAAUGAAAACAAGCAGGUUGGGUCCAACUCAGCUGAAGAUUUUUACAUGUGAAUACUGUAACAAGGUAUUCAAAUUUAAGCACUCCCUCCAAGCACAUCUGAGGAUUCACACAAAUGAGAAGCCUUACAAGUGUUCUUACUGCAGUUAUGCCAGUGCCAUCAAGGCCAACCUGAACGUUCACCUGCGGAAGCACACCGGGGAGAAGUUCAGCUGCGAUUAUUGCCCCUUCACUUGUCUCAGCAAAGGCCAUCUCAAAGUCCAUAUCGAAAGGGUUCAUAAGAAAAUCAAGCAGCAUUGUCGUUUCUGCAAAAAGAAAUACUCAGAUGUUAAAAAUUUGAUCAAGCAUAUGAAGGAAACUCACGACCUUCAAGAUAAAAAGGUGAAAGAUGUUUUUGAUGAGCUUCGCUUGAUGACACGAGAGGGCAAAAGACAACUUCUGUAUGACUGCCAUAUUUGUGAGCGCAAAUUCAAGAACGAGCUGGACCGGGACCGUCACAUGCUUGUUCAUGGUGAUGAAAGACCCUUUGCUUGUGAGCUCUGUGGUCAUGGAGCCACUAAAUACCAAGCCCUGGAGCUUCAUGUUCGAAAGCAUCCUUUUGUAUACGUGUGUUCUGUGUGCCUGAAGAAGUUUGUCAGUUCUGUGAGGCUCCGUGCUCACAUCAAAGAUGUGCACGCAGAUCUGCAGGAAGAUUCUAUUUUUAACAGUUCUAUCAACCAAAGCUUCUGCCUGCUUGAGCCAGGAGGUGACAUCCAGCCAGAAGCCCUUGCUGAGCAGCAGACACAACCUUCAGAUGUCACGAGUGCUGAUGCUGUUAGCACCCCACAGCCAUCUGCUUCUGAAGGUGAAUCAGCAGCUGCAGAUGUGAACCACGAUGGUCAGCAUAAUGGUGAUGUAAAAAUUGAUGCAGUCCUUUCCUUAGAAUUGGAAAAUCCUCUGGUGAAGAAUGUAGAGGAGACACUGUGUCAGACAACAGACGUAGCAGUCCCAGACAUGCAGCCCUGUGCAGCAUCAGAUUGCUUCCUGCUGAAAAAUGGCACUGCUGGUCCUGAGGAGUUAAAAGAUUCUCCUCCAAAUGAAGAGGAAGUUAAUCAGUGCAGUUCUGUAAACGAGCAGGGUGAAGAAAUUCAUCUUUUACUAUCUGAAGACAAAAGUUUAAAUGUGAGUCAGAACAACACAACGAUUGAGAACCUUUCAGUCCUUGAAGAGAGAACCCAGUCUGUUCCUCCUGGUGAAUCAGAAACAAGCAAUCCACCCGUUCAAAAUUCGACAGAACUCAGAGACCCCUUGGCAGCAGCAGAAGCUGGUGCAGCCUCCAGCCCCCAGGCAGCCUCUUCCAACACAGCUACAGCCAACGGGGGAAGUGGAUCCGUGGCCUUCAUGCAGAUCCUGGACAGCCUGCAGAAGAGACAAAUGAACACUGAGCUGCGUGAGAGGAUAAGGAAGGUUUAUGGAGACCUGGAAUGUGAAUACUGCGGCAAGUUGUUUUGGUACCAGGUGCACUAUGACAUGCAUGUCCGUACUCACACUCGAGAACAUUUAUAUUACUGCUCCCAGUGCAAUUAUUCUUCCAUCACCAAGAACUGCCUUAAGCGUCACGUCAUUCAGAAGCACAGCAAUAUUUUACUGAAAUGUCCCACAGAACAUUGUGACUACUCCACUCCAGAUAAAUACAAGCUCCAGGCACACCUUAAAGUUCACACAGAUCUGGAUAAAAAGAGUUAUUCCUGUCCUGUGUGUGAGAAGUCAUUUUCUGAAGAUCGACUUAUAAAAUCUCACAUCAAGACAAAUCACCCUGAGGUUUCAAUGACUACUAUUUCUGAGAUUCUUGGCAGAAGAGUUCAGCUGAAAGGACUUAUUGGAAAACGAGCUGUGAAAUGUCCCCACUGUGAUUUUUAUUUUAUGAAGAAUGGAUCAGACCUUCAACGUCAUAUUUGGGCCCACGAAGGUGUCAAACCCUUCAAGUGUUCCCUCUGUGAAUAUGCCACUCGCAGCAAAAGCAAUCUGAAAGCCCACAUGAAUCGUCACAGCACGGAGAAGACCCACCUUUGUGAUAUGUGUGGGAAAAAGUUCAAAUCAAAAGGCACUCUGAAGAGCCAUAAACUCCUUCAUACUGCUGAUGGAAAGCAGUUUAAAUGCACAGUGUGUGACUAUACAGCUGCCCAGAAACCACAGCUCCUACGUCAUAUGGAACAACACGUCUCUUUCAAGCCCUUCCGCUGUGCACAUUGCCACUAUUCCUGCAAUAUAUCUGGUUCCCUGAAGAGGCAUUACAACAGGAAGCAUCCUAAUGAAGAGUAUGUCAAUGCAGGGUCUGGGGAGCCUGCAGCUGAAGCUCUUAUCCAACAAGGUGGCAUUAAGUGUCCUGUUUGCAGCUUUGUAUACGGUACAAAAUGGGAGUUCAACAGACAUCUUAAAAACAAGCAUGGAAUGAAGUUAGUGGAGAAUGAUGGGGAGACCAAAUGGGAGUUAACUGCCGAAGUUUCUGAAGAAGCAUCCACUCAGUAUCUCCAUAUCACAGAGGCUGGAGAAGAUGUUCAGGGCACCCAAGCUGCUGUGGCUGCAUUACAGAACCUCAGAUACACUUCUGACAACAGUGAAAGACUGGAUCCAACAGCUGUGAACAUCCUGCAGCAGAUCAUUGAGUUGGGUUCAGAAUCCCACGAUGCCACUGCCGUGGCUUCUGUCGUGACCAUGGCACCUGGCACAGUGACAGUGGUGAAGCAGGUGAAAGAGGAGGAGCAGUCAGCCAACCACACGCUGAUGAUCCAGGAGACGCUGCAGCAGUCGGUGGAGCUGGCGGAGCAGCAUCACCUGGUGGUGUCCUCGGAUGAGGUGGAGGGCAUUGAGACUGUCACUGUCUACACCCAGGGUGGAGAGGCUUCAGAAUUCAUUGUUUAUGUCCAGGAAGCCGUGCAGCCUGUGGAGGAGCAAACUGUGGAAGAAUCAGUGCAGGAGCUCUAGAGAACAAUGCUCAAAGGAGAUGAUGUCUUCAUUUGCCAAAGCUGAGGUUUGCGUUGUUAGGUUUUUUUUUGUCCCAACUGAAAGCAAGCAAGCUGAUGGAUUUUCAGUUGAUUUGUGAAGUGAUCUAAUUGGUUGGAUUAUAUGAGUAACUUAGAGAUAUUAUGUGCAAAACCUUCUCAGACUUUUUGUUUCUAAAAAAUGCUUUUAAGGAAAAAGUAUUCUUCCCCUUCUUAGAAGAUCUCUCACUUGAUUCCUGUAAAUUUGCACAAAUAUUGUCUGUUCAAAACUGUGGUAUCCUAUAAUAAAAACCAUCUACAAAGAUAGCUGGAGUGUCUGGAAAAGCCCAUACAUCCCAUUUGAUACAUGCUUCAUGUAUUCUUGACUUGGCUGGAAGCAAAGUUGUUUUUCUGUAAUAAAAGGGCCUCUUAGCUCUGAGUACAUGCCUAGAAAGUGUCUGUGGAGCUGUGGAUCAAACCCAAACAAAGGCUCGAUAUUUAAUUAGAAACACACCACAGAUGGACUGUAGUUUAUACCUGUGAGAUGAUCCUUUGAGUUUGGAAGGUAUUUAAAGCCAUAUGUGAUAAUUCUGGGUAUCAGCAGGAUGACUGUUAUUUAGCUAUUUAAAUAAUGAUAACUUUUUCUAUCCCUCUGAAUAAAUACCUGUCUGGUUUCACAAGGUGAAACCAAAAUCUGUCAAAUCAAGGAAAUAUUCUUUUGUUUUUAAGAAAAAAAAAAAUCAAAAGAUUUGUAAAUGCUAUAAGAGAUAUAUGUUCAUAUGUUUUAAACAGAUGUGCUUGUAAAUAUGACUGUGUGAAAAAGUUUGUACAAAAAGCUUAAGUAAAUAUUGACAAGAAUCAAGAUAUUCUUAAUUAUGCAUGUACAUAGUUUCAGAUUUUUCUUCAUGAACCUUGACUUGUUUCUGGUUUAAUAUUUUUAAAUUUGAGCUAAAAAAUUAUUAAUAAAUAAAAAAAUUGUCACGUUUUCUUAUAAUGCUUUAAUUCCUUAAGUGUUGGUUUCCCUUUCAUAGCUAAUUAAAAACUGCUGG